AAACCCCCUUAACCCUUUACCUAAAUCACAAACAAACAAUCACUUGUGUGUCUUGAUUCUACUUCUAGAUAGUUUCCACCUCAUAACUGUACGUACAUACUGGUCCUUCUUCCUUUCAAAUUCUGUGUGCUUGCUAGCUCAAGAGAAAGAAGAAGAUGAGCAGACCAGGAGACUGGAAUUGCAGGUCAUGCCAGCACCUGAACUUCCAAAGGAGAGAUUCAUGCCAGCGUUGUAGAGAGCCAAGGCCUGGAGAAAGAGGUGAUCAUUAUAGCAGUUUUGGGGGGCGAGGGAGCUCAUCUUUUGGGUUUACAGGGCCUGAUGUUAGGCCUGGUGACUGGUAUUGUACGUUCGGUAACUGUGGAGCUCAUAACUUUGCAAGCCGUUCCAGCUGCUUCAAGUGUGGUGCAUCCAAGGACGAAUCUUCUGGUGGAUUUGACGGCGAAAUGUCAAGGAUGAGAGGUUUUGGCUUCGGUAGCGGCAGCACCAGUCGCUCAGGAUGGAAAUCUGGAGACUGGAUCUGCACGAGGUUAUUAUAUACAUUAUGUCUGGGUGCAACGAGCACAACUUUGCUAGCAGGACUGAAUGCUAUAGAUGCAAUGCACCAAGGGAUUUAUCAGCUGCCAACUCUUCAUAUUGAUCAUAGAUUUACUAUUUUUGCGGGUACUGAAUGGCUGGAGUACUGCUGCAAGGAGAGAAUCGAGACGAUUGCUACAUGCCACAUUUCCAAGAUUGUUCCCUUUUGGCCCUGCCUUUAUUUUUCCUUCUUUAUUUCGAUCGGUUGUUUAUCACUUUACUAUUCUGCUGAGGGGAGUUUAAUUGGAAGGAUCGAUGUUUGAAAUACUUAUUAAAAACUGCAGUAGAGAGAUGCAUCAGCUGUCACUUAGUAUUUCAUGAUCCUUCUUAUUUAUAUACAUUAUGCGGAAACUAAUGUAGUCCUGUGAUAUGAAUAUAUGAAUAUAUAUAUAUAUAUAUAUAUAUCGAGUUUGUGUUUGA